GGGUUGAACAGAGUUGCACAGCAGGAGAGAAGGCAUGCCUUUGUCCCGCGGGUCAGCCAAAAGGGCAAGAGGAAGGUGUAUGCGGCGACUAGACUGUUUGUGAAUCAUAGCAGGAGGGUCUUUCCAUGUUCGUGGAAUAGGAACAUCUGGGUUUGUGAGACGCAAAAACCUUUGGAACUGGUCUGCACAUUUCCUGUUUGAGGAAACAACUUUUCCUCGGCUUUUUCAGGUCUUUUCCCUCGCUCUGCUGGGUUCUGCUGCUUUGCUUCAAGCAGGGGGGCAGUUGAGGGUAAACCUCUGCUGUUUAAGGAGGGCUGAGCUGUUCUGUUAGUCUACACACGCUGAAGGAACUACAGGCCAACUGUGGAUUCAGCUGGAGCGUACUGUUGGAAAUGAGAGUAGGACAGUUCAUCUGAAGAGAAUAACCUUGGAUACCUAGCAGCUAAACAAAAAGAUGGGGGUGGACAUCUUUGCUUUGACAUUGUUCACCUUGAGUCACCUGUGGCCACAUGUCCAAGCUUCAAGUCUAGUCCUGUUAAACACAGGGCUUCGGGUAGGCAGAGGCCAGUCGGUGUUUGUCACGGCUGGCGAACUUCAGUUCCACACGGAUGGGACAUCUGAGGCCUGUAAAGUCGAAGUAGUGCUCACCGAGCCCAUCACGCAAAGAGUGGGGAAACUCACUCCUCAGGUUUUCGACUGCCAGUUCUUUCCAGAUGAGGUGAGGUAUGUUCACAAUGGCAGCCCACUUCUAGAAGAGGACACUGUCAUGCUGAGAGUCUACAGGUUUACAGAAACCGAGACUUUUGUUGAGAAUGUGCUGCUAAAGAUCCACGUAGUAGAACCUCAGAGGAGCCUCACAGAGCUUGGAAAUGUUCCUCUGGUAGUUCCUGAGUUCUACGGCCUUUCCAGUGCCAUCAACAGCAGUGUCCUGUCCUUUAAAACCCGGCCCGAUGUGAUCUGCACGGUACGUCUUCUCAGCUCUGAGAUCAACGUCCCAAUGCUUGGUCAACUGGUCGUUGAGGAUCCCGAAUCAAUGCUGGCUUCUGAGCCCGGACCGAGAAAAGGACGUCAUACUGGAAUCACCUGUCCGGGAAAUAAAGCCUGUGACCACAACACAAGGGAAGUCGAAUUUUUGAAGACUGACUGUGCCGAGUUCCUCACUUCAGGUCUGAAGUACCAGCAUCUCAGUCCUCCAUCACCUGAGAUUGAUUACAUCCCAAUCAGGGUGGAGUUUAGGGACCAGGCCUCCCGAGCCAUGCUGGAGACCGAGAGUAUCUGGAUUCCAGUACUGAUCCAGGGGGCCAUGCAGAACCAACCCCCCAAUGCUGCUUUCAUGUCCACGUUCAUUCUGGAGGUGGAUCAGUUCAUUCUCACUCCCAUGACCACUGCUGCCCUGGAUGCCAAAGAUGAUGAGACCCCUCAGGCACAGCUGAUCUUCAACGUGACCAAACCUCCAGCGGAGGGAUAUAUAACUCAUUUGGACGAUCACACCAAAACAGCAUUCUCCUUCUCAUGGCAAGACCUGAAUGAGAUGAAAAUCGCCUAUCAGCCCCCAAACAGCAGUCACACAGCCAGGAGGAACUAUGAGGUGGAGUUUCAGGCCAUCGAUAGCUCAUUUGUGCCGAGUCCUCCAAUCUUGAUGCACAUUUCUAUUCGCACCGCAGAAACCAAUGCCCCUCGAGUCUCAUGGAACAUGGGGUUGGAUCUGCUGGAAGGCCAAUCCAGACCAAUCACAUGGGAGCAUCUACAGGUAGUCGAUAACGACAACAUAGAUGCCGUCACCCUGAUAGCUAUGGACGGCCCGAUUAAUGGACACUUAAGUGUUAGAGGUGGAAAAGGAUUCAUGUUUAAGGUGAAAGAUCUCAGAGAGGGCGUUGUGGUCUAUCAUCACUCGGACAGCGACACCACCAGGGAUUACAUUGUUUUCCGAAUCACAGAUGGCCGCCACAGCAUCAGACAUAAAUUUCCCAUCUACAUUCUUCCGAAAGACGACACCCCUCCUUUUCUAAUCAACAACGUGGCUUUUGAGGUGCAAGAAGGUGGUACGGUUAGGGUGGAGGAGUACAUGCUGAUGGCCUCAGACUUGGACUCCAGCGACGACUACAUUCAGUAUCAGCUGAUUACUUUUCCCAGAGCAGGACAGCUGGUUAAGAAGUCUUCUCCACAUGAACCAGGUAUCCCAGUGAAGAGCUUCCUGCAGAGAGACCUGUUUCAAGGUCUAAUCUACUAUAAGCACUCGGGGGAGGAAGUUUUUGAGGACUCGUUUGAUUUCAUCCUCUCAGAUGUCCAUCAGCCUCCGAAUCUAUCGGACAGACAUACUGUAGUGAUCCACGUGUUUCCAGUGAAGGACCAGUUGCCUGAGGAGGUUUCUGGAACGGUUCGCUCGAUCACGGUGAAGGAAACUGAGGUUGUUUACAUCACUCAGAGCCAUCUGCACUUUAGAGAUACAGAGCAUUCGGAUACUGACCUUAUGUAUGUGAUCACUCAUCCUUGCUUCAGCGCGGGAAACACCAGGUUAUCAGAUGCAGGCAGGCUUUUUUAUACUGACAGCACAAACUCCAUGAAAAAAGAUGCAAUGGUUCCAGUGCUUAAGUCCUUUACUCAGCAUGCAGUGAAUCACCACAAAGUGGCUUACAUGCCCCCAAUAGAGGAUAUUGGCCCUGAGCCUCUCUUUGUGCAGUUUGUGUUUUCUGUGAGUGACCAGCAGGGCGGCGCUCUCACAGGACUCACCUUCAAUAUCACAGUCACACCUGUUGACAACCAGGCCCCAGAAAUGUUCACUAACUUGCUGAGGGUCGAGGAAGGUGGUGGUAGUUUCUUGAUGGAGGAGCACCUGCUGGUGCAGGAUGUGGACAGCUCAGAAGAUCAGCUCAGGGUACACAUGAAGACUCAUCCCCAACAUGGAAGACUGGAGCUGCAGGGCACUACACUGCUAGAGGGAGACAGCUUCAGUUUGCAGGACAUUAAAGCAUUGAGGGUCAGAUACAUUCAUGAUGACUCUGAGACCCUGAAGGAUAGCAUUGGUCUUACUAUCACAGAUGGAAUCAACUCUGCACAUGGAGCGCUUUUAGUUCAGAUCCUGCCCGUGAACGACGAACCCCCACAGUUAGGUUCCGACUUGAGGGCUGAACUAUCCUGCAAAGAGGGGGGUCAGGUCCAGAUUACGGUUGAGUACCUCUCUGCUACAGAUGUUGACAGCGAGGACACUCGGCUAACAUACAUGCUUGCCAGAACACCUGCACGUGGGGUGCUGCAGCGAAACGGGGUCACCGUGGACAAGUUCUCCCAGCUGGAUGUGCUCAAUGGGCUCAUCUUCUACCUGCACACAGGUGGUGAGAUUGGACCCGAUCCUGUCUCAGACACUGUCACACUCAUUGUGUCAGAUGGAGAGGCUGGAACAAUAGAUGGCUGCUGCCAGGAGGAUGCUCUCCCCCCACCUGUCCCUCUCCAUGGCACGCUUCCGGUCUAUGACCUCAACAUCACUGUGAUGCCUGUCAACAACCAGGUCCCAACCAUAACACUGGGUAACGUGUUUGUGGUAGACGAGGGUGCCAGUGCAUGCCUGUGUGGGGGGGUGUUGGAGGCAACCGAUCCUGAUAGUCAUCCAGACCAACUCAUGUUUCACUUGGUGACCCCGCCACAAUAUGGCUUCCUGGAGAACACCCUUCCAUCCCCUGGCUUUGAGAAAAGCAAUGCUGGACUCAGAGUGGUUUCUUUCAGCCAGCUCCACCUCAGUUCGGGUUUCAUCAACUAUGUCCAGUCGGUGCACCAGGGUGUAGAGCCUACAGCAGACUUCUUUACCAUCAGUGUCAGUGAUGGGAUUGAGAGAUCAGCACCAGUGGCCUUCUACGUCAUCAUCAACCCUACCAAUGAUGAGAUCCCAUCACUGCUGCUUAGCAACUUCACAGUCAUGGAGGGAGGGAUGAAAGACCUCAGUCCUGAUAUUCUGAACGCAGUGGAUGUUGAUAUUCCAGCAGAUACUCUUACCAUGACCAUCCUGGUUCCCCCAGCCCAUGGCACACUGGUCAACGGCAUAUAUGGUCUUGAGAUGAAUCGAUACAAAAACAUGAACCCAGAGGUCCUCCAACGAACCUUAGCAAUCCAGUCUUUCACCUUGCAGGAGCUACAACAAGGAAUGAAGAUCAUGUAUUUGCACGACGACACAGAAACCCUCAAGGACGCUUUCACCAUACAGUUGACAGAUGGUGGGCACACAGUCCAGGGGACUGCGUGUGUCCGCAUCAUACCAGUCAAUGAUGAAAAGCCAUGGCUACUAAAAAAUGCAGGUAUUGAGGUCAAGGCCCUGGAGAAGAGAGUCAUCUCCAGUGUAGUGUUGGAGGCAGGGGAUCAUGACACUCCGAACGACCAACUUCUCUACAUCCUCAAUGCAGGUCCCAGAUUUGGCCUCCUUCAGCUCAGGACAGAAGCUGGAUGGACUGAUCUAAGUCCAGGUCAGAAUUUCACCCAGGAGGAUGUGGAGAUGAAUCGCCUAUGGUACACCCACAUUACAGUUAGCGGUUUCAAAGGCCAUGACAGGUUUCACUUUGUUCUCAGCGAUGGGGAAAACACAACACCUCCACAGAGUUUCUUUAUCUCUGUCCAGACUGUUCAAAAGGGUGACAUUGCUCUAAUUACUAAACCUGUGACCUUGAUGGAGGGAGAGAGAGUCAUUCUGACCACUGACAUUCUGAUGGCCACAGACAGUGGAAGCAAGCCAGAUGAGCUCAUAUACACUCUAUCAGUCCCACCUGAACAUGGUCACCUACAUAUGGUCCAAAGUCCAGGGGUUCCAGUGCUUUCCUUCUCCCAGAUGGAUGUGGCUGCCAACCGGGUAUGCUACACUCAUGACAACAGCCGUUUUGCUGACCGUGAUUCUUUCAGCUUUGCCGUUACCAACGGUGUGACGUCCAGAAGCGGUACCAUUCAUUUCACUGUGGAACACAGUGACCGUAUCCCACCAACUUUGGCUAUCAACAAAGGCCUUGAGCUCACAGAAGGCUCUGUGAAGACUAUUUCCACUGAUGACCUGAAACUGACUGAUCCAGACACAGCUCUGGAGAAUCUCACCUAUGUCGUUAUUCAAAGCCCACAAUAUGGAAAGUUGCUUUUCAAAGGAUUACCCAUCUCUAAGCCUCAUUUCACACAACUGGACAUCAACAAUAUGGAUCUAGCAUAUCAUCAUCUGAAUGGACGGGCCAAGAUCGACAGGUUCACGUUUCAGCCAACUGAUGGAACAAACACAGGUUACUUGGAGUACGGACAGCUGAAGAGAGAACCUGCUGUUUUUACCAUACAGAUAGAGAUAUUGGACAAGAUGCCACCCAGUAUAAUAAACAAAGGUAUUCCAAGUACUGUAGAGAAUCUUCCGGAUGGCAAACAGGGCAUCUACAUCACCUCCAAAUAUCUGAAAGCCUCAGACCCGGACAGUCCCGACGACACACUCGAGUUCACCAUCACAAGGCCUCCGCACUUCGGUUACCUUGAAAAUGCCCUCACAGGUGCCUAUAUUAAAGGCCGCUUUACACAGAAGGAUCUGGAGCAGAAAGCAGUGCGCUACGUCAUUCCCGCAGAUAUGGAAGUGACUGCAGACAGCUUUGAGUUCCAAAUCACAGAUCCUGCAGGAAACACCAUGCUGCCUGAAGUGAUGGAGUUCAGGUGGUCUCGUGUGGAGCUGUCUGCUUCCUGUUAUCGUGUUUGUGAGAAUGCAGGAACUCUAGCUGUGCAGGUGGUGCGCAGUGGGAACAGCAAAGAUCCGGCGUACGUCGGCAUACAGGUGGAAGAAGGAACAGCCAAAGUAGGGAAAGAUUUCACUCACAGUUCAGCCAACCUUAUACAGUUUGAUCCAGGCGUCAGUGUCAAAAUGUGGAACAUUUACCUCAAAGACGACGGACUAGAAGAAAAUCAUGAGAAAUUUGAUGUGAUUCUGAGGGCUCCAAAAAACGCUGUUUUGGGACAGAGAAACAAGGCCACGGUUGAGAUUGUGGAUCCUAGAAAUGGCAGGUGUAGUCCAGAUGAGCUUAUUGCUGAAGAAGAUGAAAAUCAACAUCCUUUCCAAAGCCCACCACGCAUCCCAGAGCCUGAGCCGCCUCUGCUUGAGGAAUACACUCCUGACCCUAGGAGCGGGAUCCUUUGGGAAAACUAUCCGCCGAGAGGGGACGUCCCGUAUCGCACGCACUUUAGCCAUUAUAGCGCUGGAGGACCUCAGGACCAGGAGGCCUUUCACAGUCUGGGUCAAAGACAGUUGAGGAUUCUGGGUAGAAACAGGCACAGAGUGAGCCAGGCACAUCUGUCAGAGGUGGAGAAGAGAAAUCAAGAAAGGGUUUGGAGAUUUCAUGGACUGAUCCCAGUGAGAGUGGAGGAAAAGGCUCCAGCUCCAGCACCUCGUGUCCACUCUGAACUGGAGAUCACUCCCAUCUGGACCUGGCCUGGAUACUCAGCUGACGCUGAAUCAGUAGAAACUCCCCAGCGUGACUCAGUCUCUUUUACAAUUGAUUCAGUAGUGCAACAACACAAGUCUCAGAAGUCUGUCAGUAUUGGUUGUCCUAAUGGCUGGACUCACUACCGGAGGAACUGCUAUAUUUUAGGGCCUGGUAUCGCUAGCUGGAGCAGCGCACAACAUGCUUGCAUGCUGCUUGAAAGUGAAUUGGUCAGUAUUCACUCAAAGACUGACAUGAAGUGGAUGUGGAAGUUUGCUGGAAAGCAGUCAUUCUGGAUUGGGCUCACUGGUGGUCCAAAUCAUUGGUCCUGGAUGGAUGGAAAACCGCUGGCGUUCUCCAAACUCAGGAAGGAUCAUGAAGAGCACAGCAGCUCUGCUGACAGCUGUGUUUUAGCUCAGAGUCAGAAGAUAUGGAUUCCUAAAAGUUGCAUUGAUGGAUCCGAACACAGAUAUAUUUGUUCAACACCUGCACAAAUCAGUUAAAACAGAUAUUUAAUUUAUAAUGCUCUUGUUUCUUAAUAAUUUCAAGUACAUAGGCAUUGAAACGCGGAAUAAUUAUAUUUCAGCUCACAAUGACAUGCUUUUUUGGGUUAUUAAAAUAAAUACAAUUAAUAAAAAUCAAA